GGGCUCCAGCAGCAACAGAAGGGGCUGCUCCCCUCCAGGCGCUGCCACACCGCGGAUGCUGCUCUCCUGACUGCCCUCUGCCCCGGGGACCCCAGGAGCCUCGCCGACCCGGGGCAGCCGCCCAAGCCCAUGGAGCAGCACGACGUGCCGGGCAGCACUGCCGAUGCGGAGGGCUCUGGGAGUGCGCCCCCCCCUGGAACAGAGACCAGUGCAGCACAGCCUGCCCCCGCUGCUGCCACCGCUGCUGCUGUCCGGGCUCAGAAUGGAGGAAAGGAAGAGCCCAUGGAGAUGGCUGUGGGUGCUGCAGGAGAGCCACGUGGAGGGACGGCGGGGCCCGCACAGGAGAAAGUGCCAACUGCUGCAGGGAAGGAGGAGCCUGGGAAGGAGACGGCUCCGGGUGCUGCUGCUGAGGCUCCGGGUGCUGCUGCUGAGGCUCACGGUGCAGUGAGGGAGAAAGCUGAGCCCGAAGGAGGGAAGGCAGAGCCUGAGCAGGAGAAAGUCCUAAAUGCUGCACAGCAUGGGGGUGGUGGGGAAAAGGAAGUUGCCAAGAAGGGGGCUUUGGCUGCAGAGACCCACAGAGGGAAGGAAGAGCCUGGGAAGGAGAAAACCCCAAUGGGAGAGUCCCAAGGAGAGACAGCAGAGCCUGCACAGGGGAAGGGCUCAGCUGUAGCAGGGGCUCAGGAAGAAUCUCCAAAGGAGAAUGCUCCAGGUGCUCCAGGAGCUGAGGCUGGAGGAGAAAUAAAGCCUGAAAAGGCGGCUUCAGCUGCAGCCUCAGCUGCAACACCAGCCCAUGGUGAGGGAGAGCCUGCGAAGGAGCAGCCGGCUGCUGUGAAGGCCGAGAAUGGAGGGAAAAAUGCUGCAAAGGCAAAGAAAAGCCCGGCUGCAAAACAGCCUGCAAAGGAGAAGGCCCCUGCUGCUGCAAAGGAUGGAGGGAAGAAACCCACAAAGGCGGAAAAAAAUACAAUGGUGACAAAGGCUCAGGAUGGAGGCAAAGAGACUGCGAAGGAGAAAGCCACAGCACCUGCAAAGGAGAAGGCUACAGAUGCUGCACAGAAGCCCCCAGCUGCAGCAGAGGCUGAGGAUGGAGGGCAGGAGCCCACAGAGGAGGCCCCGGCUGCUGCAGGGGCUCAGGGUGAAGUGGAGAAAGAGGCCAACACAGAGCAGACGAACAAGGAGCAGCCUCUGAGGGGACCCGAGCCCACACGCCCAGCUCUGAUGCAGAGCCUGAGCUGCCCGGCCACCUGCCAGAGAGAGGAGCAGCUCAGGCUGGAGGUGGCUGCGAUGGAGACAAUCUCAGAGGAAACCCCUAUGGCACCAGCAGGAGAGGAUCUGGUGGAGCCCAGCCCAGCCCAGGGGGAUCUGCAGCCCCCAGAGCAGCCCGUCCCUGUGGGCAGCGCCGCCGUCCCACAGGAGAGGACAUUGCCUGGUGCCGAGGAGCAGCCCCAGCUCGGGUCAGAGCCCCCUGGGCACGCAGAGCAGCCGGGCCCUGGGGCCACGGGGCAGCCAGCUGCAAUGGUGGCAGAGCCACCACCCAGCCCCUACCUCACCCCCGAUUUUGGGAAGGAAGACCAUUUUGAGAUUCUAGAUGAUGUCCCCCCUCCUCCCGCUCCCUUUGCGCACCGCAUCGUCACGCUGCGGACGGGCAGCGUCAGCUCCCAGUACAACCUCAGCUCCAAGGAAAUCCUAGGAGGGGGAAAAUUCGGUGAAGUACACACGUGCACAGAGAAGCAGACGGGGCUCAAGUUGGCUGCCAAAGUCAUCCGGAAGCAUGGAGCCAAGGACAAGGAAAUGGUGCUGUUGGAGAUCGACGUGAUGAACCAGCUGAACCACCACAACCUCAUCCAGCUCUACGAUGCCAUCGAGACGCCCCGGGAGAUCAUCCUCUUCUUGGAGUUCGUGGAGGGCGGAGAGCUCUUUGAGCGGAUCGUCGACGACGAUUACCACCUGACAGAGGUGGACUGCAUGGUGUUCGUGCGGCAGAUCUGCGAGGGCAUCCGCUUCAUGCACCACAUGCGCGUCCUGCACCUCGACCUCAAGCCCGAGAACAUCCUCUGCGUCACUGCCACUGGGCACAUGGUGAAGAUCAUUGAUUUUGGGCUGGCUCGAAGGUACAACCCCGAGGAGAAGCUGAAGGUGAACUUUGGCACUCCUGAGUUCCUCUCCCCUGAGGUGGUCAACUACGAGCAGGUCUCCUACUCCACAGACAUGUGGAGCAUGGGAGUCAUCACCUACAUGCUCCUCAGCGGCCUCUCCCCCUUUUUGGGUGACAACGACACCGAAACACUCAACAACGUCCUGGCAGCCAACUGGUACUUCGACGAGGAGACCUUCGAGAGCGUUUCUGAUGAGGCCAAGGACUUUGUCUCCAACCUCAUCAUCAAAGAGAAGAGCGCCCGGAUGAGUGCAGGGCAGUGCCUGCAGCACCCCUGGCUCACCAACCUGGCAGAGAAAGCCAAACGCUGCAACCGCCGCCUCAAGUCCCAGGUGUUGCUCAAGAAAUACGUCAUGCGACGGCGCUGGAAGAAAAACUUCAUUGGGGUGUGUGCCGCCAACCGCUUCAGGAAGAUCACCAGCUCGGGCUCGCUGACGGCGCUGGGUGUCUGAUUACGGGUGUGGGCUGAGCACCGUGAGCUCGGGCCAGACUAUGGGUUUGGGGCCGUGCCCGAGUCCGGCUCCUGGACGCAGCAGGAUCUGUACGGGGGCGGCCCCACCUGCAUCCAUCCCACUGUGGGGCAGAGGGCUGGCACCGACCCUGCUCCACCCCCGGCCCCGCUCCAGCUCUGCCGCAUCCCUCGCGGCCGCUGCGCUGGUACGGGUGCUGCGGGGCUGCUCAGAGCACAGACUGUGUGCGCUCCUCACCUGCUCCCACCUUUAUGGACCCUCAGGGCCUGAACCAUCCGCAUCCCCACAACGCUCCCCCCUUCAUUGCCACGGCCGUGCAGCCGCCAUUCCCCGCACCCAUCAAUGUCCCACCCACACCACGCUCGCAUUUCUCUCAGUUGCCUUUGGGGCGGCUCAGGAUGAGCCCCGCUGCACGGGCAGCCCACGCGCUCGCACCCACGCUUGGCGCUCAGCUCUGCUUGUAAAUGCUGCAGCAGUGCCCCGCGAUCGCUUCGUUGGACCCUUUUUGCAGUGCUGGGCUCCUCUCCCGCAGCGAUGCCAGUGCCACGGUGCGGGGAUGCUGAAGCAGGCGGGGAUCCACACCCCGGCGCUUGGCGCAGGACCGGUGCUGCGGCCGCUCCUCCCCGCCGGAGGAAGCCGGACUUGGCCCCCGCGCUGCUGCUCGCCGGGAGGGCUGCACAGGAAGGGAGGAAGCAUCCGAGCUCGCUUCCAGGAGCAUCCAUCCCCAGCUGGGAGCCGGCGAACGAAGAAGGAGCCUUUGUGUUGCUGCUCACCCCUGCCCUCCGCGCUGCCAGCGGGGGAGCAGCACGGCCGCUCCUUCACACGUCCCCGCCAGAUAAAGGCAUCCUAAUGCAGAGCAGCUGGCCGCGCUCCCCCCGCGCCGGAGGAUUGCUUCAGCUCUGACCACCAACACACAGGAACUGCCGCCCGCCAGCGUCCCCCCGCAGCCAGCAUGGCCGUGCCGGGGCCGCGGGCGCAGCUCCGCUUCCCACCCAACCCUCAUCCCCUCCUUCGUCCCCAUGAGCCCCAACCUCGUGGCGCAGGAAUGGCACCACGCUCCCCAUCCCUGCAGCUGGGGUGAGGGCUGUGACGCGGGAGAGCCCACACCGGUGCGUUCGGCUUCUUGUAAAUAAAUGUACAGGUCUGAGAGCAGCCUCACAGCCAGUGCUGGCCUCAGGGGCGAUGGAGCCUCACAGGUGUGCAGCCAGCAGCUGGGAAUCGAGCGUUGCUGGUAGGUGAGGGGAUGGGAACGGCAUCCUGUCCUGUGCAGAAGGGCCAGAAGGACAGCGAGGGUGGCCCCAGGCAGUGCUUCCAGGAGGGUUUGUGCAGAUCGUGGCUGGGGGGUGCUGGUGGGAAGGGGAUGAAUGGAUGGGCAGACGGACAGGCAGACAGACAAAGGUGUCCUCACGGCUUCAGCGCUGCUCAAGAAGUUGUGCCCUAGCAAAGGCUCCUGGGGUCCCACUGCCUCCCACCCCACACCUGUGGGGUUCCGUGCCCUCCGGCCCUGAAGCAGUUAAGGCAGAGCAGGCAGGGCUGCUGCUGGGCCCAGGGCGUCCCUCCCAGCCCGCUUCCUGCCGGCAGCCUUUGACCAGUUCCUGCCGGUGACCACCCUGCGGUCCUGGAGAACAGCGCGGCCCCAUCUGGUUUGAGUUACUCUCCGCGGCAGUGACGUCUCCUUCCUGUCUGGGCCCCAGGAGCCGUGCAUUGCCCUGGGCCACGGGGGCUGCAGGGUGAGCUGUGGGGCAGCCCCGGUGCCCACGGGUGCUGUGGGUGCCAGUUCUCAGCCGCAGCUGUGUGGGAGUGGCACAGAGCCAGCCUACCAUAGCAGCACUCGGAGAUGAGCACGGCUGGGCCAUGGCUGCCCCAGAGCAGGAUGAUGUGGGGCGGUCAGUCCAGGUGUGAAGUGAUGGAGACCACCACUCUGCAGCCCCCUCCUCUCCCUUUCUAGACAUGUGGGUCACCACUGCAUCUCCAUCACUGCUGGGGGCACGGCGAUGGAGACGGUCCUAACCUGGUGCGCCGCUCUCACUGCAGUCAGCCUCUGUGAGUCUCCCAUCACACGGGGGUCUCUUGGUGUUGUGACCCCAC